AUAUUCAAAUAGACAGUGAAGUUCGUAUGAAUGCGUCCAUUGAACCAAAGCUCUUGAAGUUCGUCUGAAUCUGGACAGAACGGCGCAUGCGCAUUCGUCACUUCUCGGCACUUAGAAUUUUUGCGUUGCGCCUCGCUUUUCUCGUUCGCUUACUCGUGGAGCCUCAUGUAAUCUCGCUCGCAUAACGUUAGUGAUACGUAGGCAAAAUGAGUGUCGAAAAUCCAGUCAAUGAUAAUGAUUGUGAAUCUGGAAAAGUAAACGGCAACAAAAGUGAACACGUGAACGGUAUUCACAACGGAUACAGCAGCUCGGAAAAGCAUAAGUCCAGUCAAAAGUCUUCGAGCAAGGACAAGCACCGCGAUAAAGACCGUGACCACAAGAGCUCUUCCAAACAUAGCAGCAGUUCAAGCAGAGAUAAAGAAAAGGAUAAACAUUCAAGCAGCAAGAAUCAUAGUAGCUCUCAUAAGUCAUCCAGCAAAGACAAGGAACGCAGUGAUAAAGACAGAGAGCGAAGUGAUAAAACCAAGGAUCGCAGCGACAGAGAGCACAGUAGCAAAGACAAGGACAAACAUCGCAGUGACAAGGAAAAACACAAGGAAAGGGAAAGAAGUGAAAAAGACAAGGACAGACAUAAGAACAGUAACAGUGAUGAAAAAAAGUCCUCAUCUAGAGAAAAAGAUCACAAGAGCUCAUCAUCAAAAGAACACAAAUCUAAAGACAAAGAUCGUGACCAUGACAAAGAUCGAUCAAGGAGUGACAAGUCUCGCAGUGACAAAGAUAAACACUCCAGCUCAAAAGACAAACACAGCUCUAGUAAGUCAAGGGAUAAAAUUAAAGAGGAAAAGUCUGAAAAGAUCAAGACAGAAUAUAGUUCCCAGGAGUAUCCUGUCAAAGAAGAACCAAUGCAGGUAGACGAGUUGAUCAUAAAAUCUGAUAUCAAAGAAGAAAGUGAUGAUGGUUAUCCAGCUGCCAAUACAACUGUAUCAUCUUGUGAUUACUCUCUGUCACAAUUCAAAGAUGAACCGCUUGCAGAAUUACCAGAUGAUGAAGAAAGUGCUGAAGAAGAGAAACCAUUGUCGGAGCGUAAAGCUGUUAAGAGACGUAUGCCUAGUGAAAGCAAAGAGGACAUUCCGUUACUUCAGCGCAAGAAAUCAAAGAAGAAAGUGAAGAAAGAACCUGAUUAUUAUGAUGAAGAGGAAGAAGACGAAAAGCCUAAAAAGAAAAAAAAAGUAGAAAAGCCAAAGGCAAGUAAAACUAAAAUUGAAACAAAUGAUAAUGCAAGUCCAACCAAACGAAAGAAAAAACAAGAGGAUGAGCAAGAAGUUUGGAAAUGGUGGGAAGAAGAAAAGAAAGAUGAUGGCACAAAAUGGAAAUUCCUUGAACACAAAGGCCCUCUAUUUGCGCCGCCAUACGAGCCAUUGCCGGCUAAUGUCAAAUUCCGUUAUGAUGGUAAAGAGAUGAGACUUUCACAAGAUGCAGAAGAAGUUGCAGGAUUUUAUGCUCGUAUGCUUGAUCACGAUUAUACAACUAAACCGGCAUUCAAUACUAACUUCUUCAAUGAUUGGCGUAAAGUGAUGAGUCAUGAAGAAACUAAAAUAAUUAAGGAUCUCUCAAAAUGUGACUUUAAGGAAAUGCAUGCAUUUUUCCAAAGUCAAUCAGAAAAAAAUCGAAACAGGUCAAAAGAAGAGAAAGCUGAACUUAAGGCUAAAAAUGAAGAGAUUCAAAAAGAAUAUGGAUUCUGUGUAAUAGAUGGCCAUAAAGAGAAAAUUGGCAACUUUAGAAUAGAACCUCCAGGCUUAUUUAGAGGUAGAGGUGAACAUCCAAAAAUGGGUAUGCUAAAAAGGCGAGUAAUGCCAGAAGAUGUACUAAUCAACUGCUCAAAAGACAGUAAAGUACCCAAACCACCUGCAGGACAUAAAUGGAAGGAAGUCCGUCAUGAUAAUACAGUCACAUGGUUGGCGUCUUGGACAGAAAAUGUGCAAGGACAAGCCAAGUACGUGAUGUUAAACCCUAGUUCUAAACUUAAAGGUGAAAAAGAUUGGCAAAAAUAUGAAACAGCUCGGAAACUACAUAAGUGUAUAGACACUAUUAGAGAUAAUUACCGCGAAGAUUGGAAAGCCAAGGAAAUGAGAGUUCGACAAAGAGCUGUCGCUUUAUACUUCAUUGAUCGUCUUGCAUUGAGAGCAGGUAAUGAAAAAGAUGAUGACCAAGCUGACACUGUUGGUUGUUGUUCUUUACGUGUUGAACAUAUAGAACUACAUAAAGAGAAAGAUGGUAAAGAAUAUGUAGUUGUUUUUGAUUUCCUCGGUAAAGAUUCAAUCAGAUAUUAUAAUGAAGUACCAGUAGAGAAGAGAGUGUUCAAAAACCUCGAGCUCUUCAUGGAAAACAAGAAAGACAGUGAUGAUUUAUUUGACAGACUAAAUACACAAACAUUGAAUGAACAUUUGAAAGAUCUUAUGCCAGGUUUAACUGCAAAAGUUUUCCGUACUUACAAUGCCUCUAUUACAUUACAAAGACAAUUAGAUGAGCUCACAGAUGGUAAUGCCUCAGUACCAGAAAAAAUACUGGCUUAUAAUAGGGCUAACCGUGCUGUAGCCAUACUAUGUAACCAUCAGAGAGCAGUUCCUAAAGGGCAUUCUAAGUCGAUGGAAGCUUUGAAAGAAAAAAUUCAAGCAAAACGUGAUCAAGUGGAUGAAGCUGAGGAAGAUUUGCGGGAGGCUACAAAGGCCGCGAAACGUGGCUCAGUUAAAGAAAAGAUGAAUUGCGACAAGAAAAAGAAAGCUUUAGAACGUUUGAGAGAGCAACUUAAGAAACUUGAAUUGCAAGAAACUGACCGUGAUGAAAAUAAAACUAUUGCUCUGGGCACCUCCAAGCUGAAUUAUCUAGAUCCUCGUAUAUCAGUUGCUUGGUGUAAAAAGCAUGGGGUCCCUAUUGAAAAGAUUUACAACAAAACUCAACGUGACAAGUUUCGCUGGGCGAUCGACAUGGCCGGCCCUGAUUAUAUAUUUUAAUAUAAUCAAUUUUAGCAACAGCUAUAUUAUAUAUACAUACAAAAUUUUGAUUUUUACAACGUUCCAUUUAUAUAAACUUUAUGUCAAUAUUAAUUAUAUACACAAUAACAUACCUAGUUAUUUUAUGAACUUUGACCUGUGAACAUUUAAGUGUAAUACACCACCACUAAGGUAUUAUUUUAAAACUGGACUUUAUCCACUCUUUGUUCCUGUCACAUUAGGAUCGAAAUUAGAAGUCUGAUUCUAAUUUAUUUUUAUUUAGAGUGCUUAGUUAAAUUUUCGCUUGUAGCCGUAGGUUAAGUUUUUAAGAUAUAUGUAAUUAAGGCUCCCUUGUACAGAAUCUAUCAAGCUAUUUUGUUCUUUUGUUUUUCUAUUUCUGACACAUCUAUGCCUACAAUACAAGGAAGACCCAGCAAUAACUUUUAGAAAGACAAAAAGUAAAAAGUAAUUUUUUGUUAUGCAUAAUAAGCUAAUUCUGACAAAAGCGCAUUAGUUAUAUAAACGAAAUAUCGAAGUCAGUGAUAUUUUUCUCAGACUCACAUUUUGGUCUCGUUCGCGCGGUAUCUGUAUCUACUUAUUUUAGAUCACAUAAUUAGGAAUUAAUUUGAUAAGUCAUAUUUCUAGAUAUUAAUAAAAAAAAAUCUGAAGAAAUCAAGUGUGUAGUUUGUAGUUGAAAAUGAUGUAAAUUAUUAUGGAGUGUCUGUGCACAAUGUGCAGUAGUAAAUGUUGUAAAAUAAGAUAUGUUAUUUUAUUUUUAUAAGGUUAGGAUCGAAAAUUCGGCUAAUGCCGUCAAUGUUACAAAAGGUACAAUAUUAAGUAAAUUUGUAAUAUUACAGUUCGUGUCUUGUAAAUAUAAAUUUUUACCAUGUCAUUCAAUUGUGAAAUGAGAUUAUCUCAAAAUAAAUAAAACAUUGACACUAGAA